UCUUAUACUUCAUGUUCAUACAUUUAGUGCUAUGGAUAACUUCUAUGAGGUUAUGUCGUGUUGAAUGUAGAUAUACUUGCCGCACCAAUCAAUCCUUGAUCACAGCAUGGUAACCCAACCUGCUCUUGAAUAUAAGGUUGGAUUUACAUGAUGUUAAAAACACCAACGCAAGGCGUGUAUUGAUAAUUGCCCAUUUGUUGCUUUGGUAAAUGAAGAUUCCACCGACAUCGGUGAAGCCUUCUUAGUCUCAGACCAUCUGGGAUUCCCCGUGUGUUCCUGUAAAUGUAGUAUUAUAUUGUAGAUGUUAUAAUGCAGUUCGUGUAGCUCUUGGAUUUCAACGUUAGCUAAUCGUUGUAUUCUCUGGAGGUUGCAAAUAUGGAGUUAAAUCAUAACUGCCGACGCGUUAACGGGUUCGGGAAGGUUACUAAAUGGGUUGCCGGACUUGCUGUAGUAACUUACUCAGCAGCUGGUAAUGUCAUAUGCUGUACUUCACCUGGUACUGCUAUACUCCAGGAUACUGGUAAUGGACCAACCACUGGAUUGGAGCAGCACCAGCCUCUUGUCUUCCCAGUGAGACACGACGAUGUGCAGUCUAGUGAUUUCCAAAGCGACGAUAAUGCACCAAUGCCCCUUAGGUCACCAAACCACCGCCGACACAAGCCCAAACCCGUUACAGUUUAUCGCAAAAAACUCGAUACACUAAAUGGUGAAACAUAUGAAAAGGAUAUUGCUGCUAUUGAUUUCACCACUAUAAGUAAGGAGGAUGGAAACCGAAUGAAGAUGCUCAUAAGGCAGAAGCAUAUGGGAUUGAGAUUUGGUGAUAUACCCUACGAUAUCGCAAAAGAACUGGUUAAAUAUGAUGACAUCGCGAAAGUGCCACAAAAAAUGCGGAGCGAAUUGAUUAAAUGUAUGGUGAAGCACAGGACUGAUGAUCUUAUAUAUAAAUUCCCUGAGUCCAUUGCAUCCAUGAUUUUCCUAUGCCGAAAAUGUGGCGAUCUACCGGGAAACAUAGCAUCCAGACUUAAGCAACCAUUGACCAAACAUGAAUUUGGAAUGUUGCUUGAUGAACUGCCUGAAAACCUUGCUUCAGAGGUUAGUAAGUUUGCGAAAUAUGAAGAUAUACCGCGUGAUCUGGUUAACCGGUUACAAAGUCACAUGAGAAAGGAGCGUUUCUUGAAUCAGCUAUCAUGUUUACCCAAAGUGCUUGCCAGAAGAAUUUAUUCAUAUGGGUCAAUCGAUGCCAUUCCAACGAAGCUGCGUGAAGCAGUAAAUAAGUAUCUGGACAUUCAACAUUUUGACGACCUGGUGGCCAACCUCCCCAAGGAACUUUCUGACGAAGUUAAGCGGUGUGGAUCAUUCGAUAGAAUUCAUGACGAAUUGAAGCAUAAGAUACGUGACCAUUAUAGUAAGCACUGUUUCGACGGUACCGAAGUGAAACAUCAUAAAAGGUUGUCUAAGAAGAGAACGUCAACUAGGCCACAAAGUGAUCCGGAAUGAUAUUGUAGCGCAAUCGAGGUGACUAGGAAGGUUCAAAUGAAGCCUAUAAAGAUCACAGACGCACUGGGAAUCUGAUUGUAUUUCCGCAUUGAAUUGUUACGACACAUUUGUAAAACAAAUGUCGACUGCUUAUAGUAUCCGAACACAGGGCCAUGAUUGUAGCAACUAUCAUAAUGAAAUAGUGUCGACCACGGUAAUGCACAAAUGCUAUUGGAUGCAAUAGGACCACUGCGGUAAAUCAGGAGUUAUCAUGCUACAAAUUAAGGUGAAUGCGUAUGGUUCUUCAAUAUCCUCGUGUUAUACGAAUGGAACAAAUUUUGCAGCGGGG